CGAACAAAACGUCCAAAACCACUACCGUUUUUCUGUUGUUGUUAAACAAACACUCCCGUUUGUAUAAAACCUCAAAAACCAAAACAGAAAUGUUCAAUAGAGCAAUGGGGUUUGGGUUCAAGAUCGGAUCAAGAUUCCGAUUAGCCACCGCAUUCACAUGGUGCCUUCUCAUCGCAUCAGCGUGCUUUGCAUACACCGCAUCAGCAGCCCGGUUCGAGGUAAGAAACGAGAUCUCCAUAUACCCAGGACGGAAUCGUAGCCUCGCGAUUAACUGUUGGUCGUCGAAUAACAAAUUGGGCACGCAUGCUCUCAAACCAGGCCAAUCCAAAAGCUGGUCGUUCAAGCCAAUAUUUAUUAAGAUACCGUUUUUCUACACAUACUUUGAGUGCACGUUCUUCACCGCGUUUGGCUCGCCAUUUGGUCAGACAGCAACGGUUUUUGCCGGGGAGAGAUUAUUCAGGUGGCAAUGUGAUAAUCCGGAUGAGGAAGAGUGCAUUUGGGUGGUUAAGAGAGACGGGCUAUAUCUAAGGAGGAUCAAAAGAGACAAUAAAGGCCAAAGGCUCUAUGGAGAUGAAUUGAGAAUGGUUUGGAUCGGCGGUACUAAUUACCACCCUGUAAAAGAGGAUCCAUAA